AUGAGUUAUGCUCAAAGAAAGUUUGAUGAAAACAUGUCUUCUCUCCCCAGUCAAAAUUCUUCUAGUUAUAUUGAUACUGAUGUGUAUCAAUCUCUUUAUACUUCAAAUAGUUUUGGUCACAAUUCAGUACACCAUCAAGGUCAAAAUUCUUCUAGUUAUAUUAAUACUAAUGUGUAUCAAUCUCUUUAUCCUUCAAAUAGUAUUGGUAACAAUUCAGUACACCAUCAUGGUCAAAAUUCUUCUAAUUAUAUUGAUACUGAUGUGUAUCAAUCUUUUUAUCCUUCAAAUAGUUUUGGUCACAAUUCAGUACACUAUCAAGGUCAAAAUUCUUCUGAUUAUAUUGAUACGGAUGUGUAUCAAUCUCUUUAUCUUUCAAAUAGUUUUGGUCCCAAUUCAGUACAACAUCAAGGUCAAAAUUCUUCUAGUUAUAUUGAUACUGAUGUUUAUCAAUCUCUUUAUCCUUCAAAUAGUUUUGGUCACAAUUCAGUUCACAAUCAAGCCAUGUCCAUUCCUGAGUCAAUCUUACAUCAUCCCCCACAAAACAGUAGUACCGGUUUUUCUCACCAGAUAUAUCAUCCAAACUUUGAUCAAAACACAUCUUAUCUUUCCUCCUAUGGAAAUACAUCAUUUUACUCAUACACUAAUAAUGAUGUGAAUCAGGUCUGGUCUGCAGGAGAGUCAUCCUUAAACCAACCCAUGAUUACUCCAGGGUCACAGGUGCACCAUGGAUCCAACUACGAGGAGUCCGGGCCCCAGUUUUUACCAGGAUCAGUGUCCUACCAUCAAACUGGAUACAGUCCAAUGAAUUUUGAGGCUUCAAUUGGGCACCAACAAAUAAUGACUUCAGAUUCAUUUGGGCAAUAUCAUGCUGUGAAUGAACCCCAGCCACCUCUCACAGUUGGAGUAUCUGUUGGACAACCUGAAGCCAUUAAUCAGCAAUACCAACCCAUGAUUGUUCAAGCUUCUAUGGAGAACCAUCAAGUUGCCAUAAAUCAAACAUUUCAAGAUCAAACUAUUGAGAACCAGCUACACAUGCAUCUACAUAGAGGUGGGGAGGGAGUUGGUCAUGGUACUCAACAUUCUGGCAAUAAACCCCGCUUACACUGGACUCCCGAGCUGCAUGCCGAAUUUCUCAGUGCAAUCAGCCAACUAGGAGGAGUCUCCAAUGCCACCCCAAAAGCUAUCCUUAAGAAAAUGAAUGUGAGGGGGUUGACAACUGAGCACAUUAAGAGUCAUCUACAGAGGGUGAGAAUGUUCAUGAAACGGUCUCUGUUAUCCGCACAAACUGCUGGUGGGAGAAAGUUUCUUGGUCAUUAUACUAAUAAUUAA